CCAUCUUGCCUCUCAGAUCCUCAGAUUGCUGCUGUCAGCCGCUGCCAGCUCCGUGUUGUUGUAGUAAAUAAUGGCGGCAUCGGGAGGAGGAUUAUCCCCUCCCGCUACCGUGGCGGGCUUGAGCAUCCAAGCGCCGGCUCGGGCUCGCUUCCCGGGUCGGCCGUGCACGGUUCGCAGCAGGCUGCGCUCGGAGAAACGUAUCAAAUGCGGAAGGUUGGGCUCGGACGACGGGGAUCUGGCUUCCGAAGGGCCGAGGCCCGUAAACAUCGGCCUGGCGUUGAGCGAGGACCCGGCCCUGCUGCGCCUGCUCGGGGUGUGGGAGAAGCACAGCAGGCAGAGAGAUGCGGGCUUCAUGUCCAGUGAAGAGGAGGAGGACGUUUUCACUGGAUUUGGGACCACCACAGCUAGUCCACAGAAAACUCCUAGGUCGUCUUUACUCAGCCGAGCAAAGCUUCCCCCAGCUUCAGUCCGCUCUCUGGAAGCAAAGCCUCUAUUAGGAAAGAUUAUACCUAAGAGUCCAAAAUCGUCUCUUAUUGGAAAAAUUGUAUCCAGAGUUCCUAAAGAAGACCAUGGUUUCAUAGAGAGCCCAUCUAAAGACCAAGAUAUACCCAAGGUGCUGAUUAAACUGCACGGCAAGCAGGUAGCUCCUACUGUAGUAGCCAAACAUGCUGGCGCGCAGGCCUCAGAUAGACAGAGCCGUACAAGAGCAGCAGGCUUUAUUAGGAGAGCAGGAAAAUCAGCAUACUCGCGCAACAUGCAAAACCAAACAGCCGCUACCUCAGCUGGUGGCACCAGGCAAGCUUCCAAGGUCAAAGAACCAGGCGAGGUGUCUGAGGAUUCAGACACGGACCAAUCUCAGCCACAGAUAUCUGUGAAACGCAUGAUUGGGCACACCAGACGCACCUCCCAAGCAGCAGCUCUGUCGUUCACAUCCUUUCAGAAACGGCAGAGGAAGAGAACGGCUAAGGGUAUGGGUGCCUCUCCAGAGGCCGGAGCUGAGGCCCAGAGUGGAGACGAAGCAGCAAUGCCACUCGAGUGUAAAGCCACAGAUUCCCCUGAAAAAGGAAUACUCAAAAGGAAACACAAAUCUCUGUAUGGGCACAAGCGAAAGCCGAAGCCAAACGCUUCGCCAGAAGUUAGACGUCCGAAAGUUCGUCGUAAUCGAACUAGGCAUGUUUUUUACACCUAUGUAACGGAGCCCAUUCCAGCCCCACUGACUCCGGGUGGGAACCAGCAGCAGAUGCAGAGUCAGAGUAUCACCCCAUCUGAGGGUGACCCCAACACCUCCACUACUGUAACGAGUGGACGGUCCUCCCGCGUCAUCAAAACUCCAAAGAGGUUCCUGGACGAGGAAAUGAUCCCCUUUCCGAAGGGUUCUCUGGCAACAUGGCAGAAAAGUCAACAGAGAGAGGAUGGAAAACCAAGUCCAUCAUACCAUGACUCGAGUUAUGAUGGCAACUCGCUGCAGUCAGACUGUGACUCUACAUCUGUGACCGACAGCCCGUCUGCAAAGUUCCCAUCAAAGCCCAGGCCAGGCACGAGCCACCUCGAGAUUUACAAGAACCUUAAGAAACUGACCUUGAAACUGGCGGAGAAAAAGAAAGGCCACUCAGACACUGAAGGGAGCUAUCAACAAAGUGGCGACGGGUUGACCUCUCACGUCAGGAAGAAGCGGCGCUCGAAGCUCAUGAUGGAGGAGAUGGAUGCGCCGGGUGUUGUCAGGAAACUAGCCGUGUUGGUGAACGCUGAUAUGGCAGCCCCCUCAAGUACGCCGUCAGGAGAUACAGGCAGCAACACUACAGAUGAAGCGGGAGGCGUCCCCGGGGAGAGCAAUGAGGCGGUGGAAGUCAGUGGUCCCAGCUAUCGCAUUGGUCUCAGUGGAGCUAAUAAGACUAUGCUCCACCUGCUGAAGAAAGCCAAAGUCCAGCUCAUCAAAAUUGAUCAGCAGAAGCAGCUAAAGAUGUCGCAGUUGGGCUCAGGAGAAUCACGAGUGCCAGUGACGAGAAGGAGGAGGAGGAGGAGAGUUGGCUUAUCUCCCAAAGAUAAAAGUUCUGAGGAGCAGCCGCUAGGUGGGCCGAGGAUCAAACAUGUGUGUCGGGCAGCAGCGGUGGCUCUGGGUCAGCCCCGCGCCUUGGUGCCAGACGAUAUCCCCCGACUCAGCGCCCUGCCGCUCCACGAGAGAGAGGGCAUCACCUUUUCUCCCGCAGCAGAAGAUGUGGCCGAUGAUGACGAUGAGAUGCCUGAUCCGGGCCGGGAUCAGUGGUUUGUCACUCAGGAUCACAUCCAGAGGAGGAGGAGGAUGGGCAGGGGGAGGGGGAGGGGCCAAAUGUUCAGGAAGAAGAAGAAGGCGGCCCAGGGUCAAUAUGCCAUUGGGGGAGUCCGCUCCCGGCGCUGUGGAUGCUGCGAGGGCUGUUUGAUAGAGGAGGACUGCGCAGAGUGCACCAACUGCCUCGAUAAGCCCAAGUUCGGGGGGCCCAACACCAAGCGGCAGUGUUGCGUAUAUAGGAAGUGUGAUCGGAUUGAGAAAGCGAAGAUGGAUCGCGUCAUCAAACCAUUGAAACUCAAGGCAAGGCAUUUCCUCCGCCCCGUGUCAGGCAGUGAGGAUACGAGCUGGAAAUCUAGAGUCACAGCCGAGGGAUCGUCAUCGAAGGCGCCUGGCCUCAGGAAACAUUCUCUACGUAACAUCACGCCCCGCUCCUACAGCAGCCUGCUGAAGUCUGAAUCUGAGGAUGAGGAGGGAGUAGAAGAAAAGUACAAGGCUGAUAAAUUGCCAGUUAAGACAGCUGUAGCCUCUGAUAACAAGCAAGGUCUCGUUCCUCAAGAUGGAGGAACGCUACCAGGCGACCCUCCGACUGAGAUGCCGAAGCCUCGCCGGCUGUUCUCCAGAGGACCCGGGACCAAACCCAGAGCUAACAAGGAACAGGAGAACACGGAGCCGAUGGAGUCCAGAGACACUUUACCAGAAACCAGCCCAUCCAGAAGCCCAAAGCCGAAGCUGCAGCGGCAGCUACAAAUACACUUACACCGCCUGCCUGAUAAUACCCUGCAGUCCGCUCUGUUUUUGCUAAAGCAGCGCCCCCAGUGUCCGGAUGUUGGUGCUGCAAAGUCACCUCCGAUAUUGACCCAGCUAAUGAUGCAGCCUGCUAUUUCACAUUCCACACCGCAGUGCUCUCCAGAACUUCCCCAGCCUGUAACACAUCCCGCUUCUCCACCUUCCCCAGCAUCCCCGCAUCCCAUAACAGACCCCUCACAGAAAUUUGUGUCGUUACGAUUGCACCGCUUGCCUAAGACUCUGGUGGAAUCAUCCUUGCAUUUGCACAAAAUUAUCCCAUCAUCUCAAGAACAACAACAAGAACCCCAGUCCACACUGCAGUCAGCUGUGACAGAGGUUUCGUCAAAGUUGUGUUUUCAGGAACAUCCAGAGUCUGAGGUGCAGCCCCCGGAUGUUUUGCACAGAGCUAACAAAGAUAAAACUGUUCAAGUGCUCCCUCAGACCGUCCAUCCACACACAGAGUUACAGGAGGGCCAGCUAAAGGAGCGGGAGGACAGGCCAGUGGAUCAGCCUCAAACGGAGGAGGAGGACGGUUCUGUAAAAACUGACACACACUAUGUCCUUCGUUCCCAGAAUCCUGCAGAGUGUGCAUCAGGGAACAGCCUGACUGGGUUAACCAACGGUUUUCCCCAAAAAGGCCUGUUGCAGAACAAGUACAAGAUUCGUGUGGACUUCAAGGAAGACUGUGCUGUCCAGAACGUGUGGCUGAUGGGCGGCCUGAGCGUCCUCACGUCCGUCCCCACCACCCCACAACCUGUCUGCCUGCUCUGCGCCAGUAAAGGACGACAUGAGAUGAUAUUCUGCCAGAUCUGCUGUGAGCCUUUCCACAGUUUCUGCCUCUCAUCCGAGGAGCGCCCCCAGGAGGAGAACAAGGAGAACUGGUGCUGCAGGCGCUGCAAGUUCUGUCACGUGUGUGGCCGUCGAAGCAAGAGCACAAAGCCAGUGUUGCAGUGCAUGAGAUGCCAAACCUCCUACCACCCCUCCUGCUUGGGACCAACCUACCCCAAACCUAUGAACUGCAGCAUGCCUUGGGUGUGCAUGACAUGCAUUCGUUGUAAAAGCUGCGGCGUGACUCCUGGAAAGUCCUGGGACUUGGACUGGAACCACGAGCAGGAUCUUUGUCCUGACUGCACUUCUCUCCACAAAAAAGGUAAUUUCUGCACCGUCUGCAACACGUGCUACAACGCCAAUGAUCAACACACACAGAUGAUUAAGUGUUCGCAGUGCAGCCACUGGAUCCAUUACACAUGUGAAGGACUUUCGGAUGAGCUGGUUGGGAUGCUGUCGAGCCAAACGGAGAAAGUGUUUUUCAGCUGCUCCCCCUGCCGAGGGCAGCCGACUGAAGGCAGCAGCUUGAAGGUGGAGCUGCAGGGGAGGCUGGUGGACGGGCUGGAGGAGGUGCUCACUGACCUCCUCUCCCACAACACCACACAGCACCUCCUCAAGUGCAAAAUGUGUCGGGAAACAAACAACACACAACUUAUCAGGGAACAGCAACCAGUGUGUGAUCUACAAGCCAUGGAAAGCAAGUUUAAAGUGGGCGGAUACAGCUCAAUAAAAUCUUUCCAUGCGGAUGUUGUCUCUGUGAUGAGGAAAGCGCUGAAGGAGGAGGAGCUUCUCCCCGAGGAGCUGAGACCCACCAGUCAGGCCGGGGAACGCUAUGUCAAAGUCGUUGAGCAGAUGUUCAGUUGGUUUCCUGCAAGCCAACUGAAAAAGUGGAACUUGUCAUCUGGAGAAUUACCAAGUGGCAUGCUUCCUGAAGCAGUCCUCCCUCCAUCUAAGGAGCACAGCUAUGCGCAGUGGAUGGAACGGACAUACCAGCCCAAAGAGCCCAGGGGCCCACAGGCGGGGAAAACUGAGUCUGUGGUUUCCUCAGUCACGACACAGCAGUUUGGUGUCCCGCACAGCCGCACUCUGUAUUCACAUGGUGUAAAGGGUGAUCUGAAUAGUACCAACACUGGAGAUAUGAGGCAGUGUGCCCUGUGCCAACAAAAUGGAGAUUUUCCUCCCAGGGAUGCAGGGCGGCUGCUGUACUUGGGACAGAAUGAGUGGGCUCACAUUAACUGCUGCCUCUGGUCUGCAGAGGUGUAUGAGGAUAACUGUGCUCUUUUACAAGUGCACAGCGCUGUCUCCAGAGGGCGCCACCUGCGCUGUGAUCGUUGUGGGCAGUCAGGAGCCACGGUGGGCUGCUGUCUCUCCACCUGCCAGAGUAAUUUCCACUUCAUGUGUGCACGUGCCCAGCACUGUGUGUUUCAGCUGGACAGGAAGAUGUUCUGCUUCAAACACAGAGAUCUUGUCAGUGUGAAGACGGUGUCUGGGAAAGGGUUUGAAGUCGCUCGGCGGGUAUACGUGGACUUUGAUGGGAUCACUCUCAGAAGAAAGUUCCUCACAGGCCUGGAGCCAGAAACCAUAAACAUGACCAUAGGCUCUCUGCAGAUUCAGAAACUUGGUGUGUUAUCAGAGCUGUCGUCAAAUGGGAGGAUGCUGUAUCCCGUCGGCUAUCAAUGUUCCCGGCUGUACUGGAGCACUGUGGACCCUCGUAGACGCUGCAAGUACACAUGUAAAGUGACAGAAGUUAGCACGCCUCUGCCUGGUGAGGAACAAGAUCCACGGUGGGACAAUGAAGAUAAUCACACCAUAAUCCACAGCCCCAACCACCACAGAGAUAUGGAGUCCCCGGAGCGUUUAAGCUCGUCAUCCAGCCCAGUGAAGUCCGCUACUCCAUCACCAAACUCCAAACAGCACAACACACCCGGGUCCAAAAGUCCUGGUUACACACAGACCAGGAAACCAGCAGGAGGGUCAUCUCGACCUCUUCCAUCUCCAGGGUCCGCUCUUCCCAAAUCGCAUCACAUCCUGACACUGAGGGACCUGGAGGACACCCGGCGGCCUCGCAGGCUCUCAUCAAGAAGCCGCUGCAGUUCCUCGCCAACAGACAGCGACCCGUCUGUGCCGAUGACCCUCCGCUCUGGAGGCACCAUCCAAUCCAGGUGUGCUCUGUUCAGCUCCCCUCCAAGGACAUCCAAUUUGGGGGCAGUGUCUCCUCCUCUGUCACGACAAAACUCAGUAUCACCACCAGUCUGGAGCUCACCACCCCGAUCCAACUCCAGCAUUACUGCAGGGCUAUCACCUCGGCAAGGAGCCAUCACACACUCCCCCAGAGGGAGGCAGAACUUUAAAAUCACCACACCCAUUUCUGCAGAAGUUCCUCAGGACUUCCUAGCAUCGUCUGAGGCAGAAGACGCAGCGGUGGCCACGACCAAUGGGAUCUCACUAGCACCUGGUAACCUAGAGGAGGAGGUGGCCCACCUGAUGGCCCAGGAGCUGCCGUACACGGUGUUCGACACGGACACAGAGGUAGCCGUGGCCUCCAUGCUGAAUGCUAAGCUUGACUUUGACGAGGCUCUGCUUACUGAGAACGUUGGCCUUCACUGUGUAGCACCGGGCGGGAGGGAAGAGGUGGAAAACAUAGUGCAAGAUUUGCAGAUGCAAGAAGACCACCGGGAAAAUGACUCUGAAGUUGAAGACUCAAGCCAUUACUUUAAAUUUGCCCGCACAGUUGUGUGUGAUGCAGCUAGCAGCUCGGACGCCUCAGCACAGCUCACUUCAACGCAGUCCAUCUCCCAGUUAGAUGGAGCGGACGGAGGGUCGGAGAGUGAUGAAAGCGAAACGAUCGAUGAUGAAGCUCAGGAGGACACAGAAAUAGAACAUGGAGGGAGUCAGAUCCACAGCACACAUAAUACACCAACUAAGCAGCUGACAGUCACUCUUCAGAGGUUGGAUUCAAUCUACAGCAUGCCAAAGUCAAGCCAUGACCUUGAGGUACAUGAAAGUACUCCACCGUGUGAUAUCCUUGAAAAUAGUUAUGAAAAUGACGAGGUGUCAGUUCAGGAGGAAGAAGUUCCCAUGAGCUUUGAAACGCCAACAGCUCAAGCGGAUCUGUUUCUGGAUUCCACCACAGGCCAUUUUACUUCUUCUGAAGUUGGCACUGAAGUUGGCACUGAAGUUGGCACUGAAGUUGGCACUGAAGUUGGCACUGAAGUUAGCACUGAAGUUAGCACUGAAGUUAGCACUGAAGUUAGCACUGAAGUUGCCACUGAAGUUGCCACUGAAGUUGGCACUGCUGUGUGCACGAAUAAUAUUGAAUUAGGCCUCAAUGAAGACAGCUGCUCAUCGGUCGACUCUGUUGAAGGGUUUAAAGAUGAUUUGAAAGACCCUGACUACUCUCCAGAUCGUGCUGAGGGUCAGGAGCGUAAAACCAAAAAGUCUCCCACAGCGCCGAUGAAAGCAAUCAUCAUAAAGACAAAAUGUCCACCAACAAACCUCCAUCGCUUGUCGCCAAAACCUUGUCUUCCACAGCAGCGCACCUUCAAAAUGAUGUUGCCACCUCGGCCUGUACAGGUUAUAAACAAUGCUUCCCCCGCUGUUGUCACUGUUCCUCGCACAAUCACCUCCCCGAUCAUGAUCAAUGGUUUAAACGUACCCAUUCAGGCUGCUGCCACACAGGGACGAACCAUCGCCAUUCGCCUGGACAACCCGACAGGAAGUCAGCAGCAGGUUGCGAUUCAGAAUCAAGCCGCAGCCACUAGCUCGCCGGCUCCCGCCCCUCAGGUCCUGUUGGUCAACCGACAGGGUCAGAUCCUGAUCAAAGACCCGAGAUCCAACACUUAUCAGACCCUCAGCACAAACUCUCCUGCCUACAAUAAAAUAAGCCAGAUUGCCAAGAUUCUCCACAGCGGGAAUGCUUUGCAGCGCUCGGUCCCUCGUGUUGUGAUAAAGCCGCGGUCCAGCCUCUCCUCCACAAACGUCCCCUCCGCCAGUAACAACACCACAACCACCGAGAGAAAAAUCAUCGUCAGAGUGAUGCCUAUGAAAAGCGCCGCCGCUGCAGCUGCCACGACCCCGGUGACCCUGCAGACGACCCUGCAGACGACCCUGCAGACGACCCUGCAGACGACCCUGCAGACGGCCCUGCAGACGUCCCUGCAGACGUCCCCUGAAGCACGUUUCUCUAGCAUUGAAGCGAGCACAGCCCAGGCUAUCAUCGACAGAGCCAUGGCCACCCACCGCGAAGUGCCAAAGACUACACCCCUCAUCCUCAGUAAAACUUGCCGGCCAAAGGUCAGAAAGCCAUUGCCGGUUCAGGCUUCAGAGGUCUCAGAUCAGUCACCAGCUGCACAUUCAGAAUCCCACAGCAGUUUAGUAAUCGAACCAGCACUAGCCUCGUCAUCACGCCAGCAGGUCAGAGUCAAGAGAGUGUCGGUGGUGUCCGGACGAUCCUCCAAUAAGAAAUCCAAGAUGGACUUUUUGAGGGAUCCCUCAAGUGAGCUGGAUCAAGUUAAUGACGCUAGACCGAGUGGUGUGAGGAUUAAAGCUCCAUCAAUGACGGACAUCCUUGAUAUGGACCAGGAAAAAAUGUCACAUGAGCCUGAGCAGUUAAGGAUUACCGCUCCACCUCCUCCUCCUACACCCUCCAGGCACCCUCGGGUUGAGACUCCGCCCGCACCUGUAAAAGCCAACAGUCCCAUUCAGGGUAAAACACACACGUGGGUCGGCGCUCGCCACGGAGACCUCUCUGAAUGGGGCCCUUAUUCAGGUUUUAGCUCAGAAGAAGAUGCACCUGCAACCAAACACAGGAAGAGGACGUACAUGAACCAGCCCCACCUGCGCUUCGAAAUCACCAGCGAGGACGGAUUCAGUGUGAAGGCUAACAGCAUAGAGGUGGCCUGGCGAGCGGUGAUUGACGGCGUCCUUGAGGCCCGUACAGGCUUCCACCUGAAGCAGCUGCCUCUGGGCGGGAUGAGCGGGCCGCGGGUGCUCGGCGUCGUUCACGAUGCUGUCAUCUUCCUGCUGGAGCAGCUGCAUGGUGCCGCCAACUGCAAACGCCAUCGCUUCCGCUUCCACCGCUGCGAGAACAUAGAGGAAGAGCUUCCUCUCAAUCCAAGCGGCUGCGCUCGUACUGAAGUCUACACACGGAAAGCGACUUUUGAUAUGUUCAACUUCCUGGCAUCGCAGCACAGAGUGCUCCCUGUCAUGGUGGGCCCCUUUGAUGAAGAGGAGGAUGAAUUCCCACUUAAAUCUUCCAGGCGAGCCACCAGCAGUGAGCUUCCCAUGGCAAUGAGAUUCAGACACCUGGAAAAAAUCUCCAAAGAAGCAGUAGGAGUUUACAGAUCUGAAAUUCAUGGUCGCGGCCUUUUCUGCAAAAGAAACAUCGAGGCUGGUGAGAUGGUGAUCGAGUACGCUGGCACCGUCAUUCGCUCUGUGCUGACUGAUAAGCGGGAGAAAUAUUAUGACGGCAAGGGAAUCGGCUGUUACAUGUUCCGCAUCGACGACUUCGACGUGGUUGACGCGACGAUGCAAGGCAACGCGGCUCGCUUCAUCAACCACUCCUGCGAGCCCAACUGCUACUCUCGCGUCAUCAACGUCGACGGACGCAAGCACAUCGUCAUCUUCGCCCUGAGGAAGAUCCACCGGGGCGAAGAACUCACCUACGACUACAAGUUCCCCAUCGAGGACGAGAAGAGCAAGCUGCACUGCAACUGCUCGACGAGGCGCUGCCGUCGCUUCCUGAACUAGUACAACACACACUCGCACACUACGCACAAAUAGCCAUCUUGACAAAUGCACUUGAACUCAGGAGGCUGACUCUGAUGAACUGAUGAAGGCGACUGUUGUGACGUAGCCAUGAGGGAAUUCUCUGAUACACAGAUCUGCUUUGCUUUGUUGGAAACAUAAUUUAUAGACUGAUGGAGGAUAUUGCUGUCCCCUGAACUGCUGUGAACCAGAGUAGAGCCAUAUGUUUCUGAUGAGUACUAUUUAUGUAAAUGCUGGAGUGUUGGUCUGUGAGAAAGUGCAGUUAAAUUAAGGACAAUGCACCUUUUUGGGGGGAUUUUUGUACCGUUUCACCAUCUCAUACACACAUUCUUACUUUUCUACAUUGAAUUUGUCAGGAGCCUCUGCUAGAAGGCAAUUAUUACCAGCUACAAACAGUGCAAGCUAAGAUAGCCCGAUUGCAGCUAUUACUGUUAUGCUGGUAUAUUUGUAAAUACAAGGUCACAGAGGAGGAUGAGGAGAAUUUAUUCAGCACCUUACUUUGACACGACCUUCUCCAGCAGCACUGGUGUCGCAGCAGGAGGGACGUUCAAACACAUUCAUCUCCAGGCAACUGUAGUGCAGCUGCAUUUUAACUUCAGUCUGGAGACCACAAGGUGCUGGGGACAUUUAACCCAAAAGGUAGUUUUAAUAUAGUUACUCAAACCCUUUUUCCCCCCCUCAGUUGAAAUGUCCUGUUUUUAUUUGUGACGGCAGAAAUGCUGUGAUCUAAAUGCUUUUAUCCUGCAAUUACUGUCUGUUCUUUAUCUGUUCAUUUGUAAUGUUUGUGUAUUUAAGGUCUAUAAGGGAGAGUUCCCUGGUGCAGCCAGGGUUCAAACUGAAUAUAAUGAUUUUGCUCCGCUGAGUCCCUUAUACACCUUUUUGUAUUUUUGUAUAUUUGAACAAUAAAUGUAUAUUCAACAAGCUGAUGGAAAUAAAUGUGUUUGAGCUUUUAACUUUCUAUUUGUAAGUUGAGGUUGAAUUUAUAAACCGAAGCUAUUGCUGAGUUAAUCAAAGUUUAAGUUACAUUUCACAUCCUCUUGUCUCUCACAGUUGUACUACCUCAAAUAUAUUAUGAAGCAAGAUUUAAUGAAUUUGACGACUCAUUUGGUAAAAUAAAGAUUCCUUAUUGUUCAGUUUCUAAUCAUUACUUCUUGAUAAAACAAAUAACAUCAAUAAUAAUUCUUGCUAUUAUGCCUGCGAUCUACCCCUUUGUGCAGCUGAGUUUAGCGACUGGAUCUAGACAGAUUUGAGACAUUUUAGUUAAAAGGCUGAAUGCUGUGGAAAUAUGUUUUCUUUUAUUUAUUGACACGCAAAGCUUUGUUACUCAAUUGGCUUAUUAUGGAUCCUUGCCUGUACAAAAUUGUAUAAAGAAUUUCUAAACCUGUUAAAUAUUUUUUUACCUUCAAUUUCUUUUUUAAUUUAUGUUCAAUAAAGAUUGGAAAUGUUAAAA